AUGGUGGAGAUCUAUAAGUUGCUUGGUGGUGCAAAUGACGUAGAACUGACGCCGUGCCCGAAAGAACGCUGGGAUCACAGUAAGAAAUGGGAUGCGCGCUCGUUGAAACUCUUUGUGAAUGAAAGCUCGGCUUCACCAACGCAAUUGAACGCGAGUCUGAGGUUCGCAAAAGGUGCAACUCAGGCAUCGCUUUCGCGAGCAGCUGUGGAAUGGUUGGUCACUACAGUCAAUCUCACAACCCUUAUCACACAAAUAAACGAAGAGUGGUAUACCGUUUCGUAG